AUGACAUGUCAAAACUGUUUGAGAAAAGGUCACAACAAAACGACAUGUAAAAAUGAACCAGUUCAAAAGCCAGAGAAGAAAAAGAGAGGAAGACCAAAGAAAACUGUCGAUUCUUCAGACACUUCAUCUUUUCAGAAGAGGCCUAAGUUACCGGUUAAGAGAAAUGUCAACUCAAUUGUUCAAAAAGAGAGGGCAAUGAAAGUUCAUUUCAUAUCCUCAACAAAUAUGCCCGCUGCUCGUGCAAGUUCAAGUGGAAGAAAGGAUACAAGAGAGACGGGUGUUGAAAGUGGGACAAGCAGUGUAGUGGAGUCAGAAUCUAAUAUUGGGACUCAAUCUAGUGCA